CGGCUUCCGUUCCAGGUGACUCCCAUUUCCACACUGAGCAGUUUGCUCCCUCUCCACAGUGUAGAGCCUCAGCCACAGGCCGGCCUGUGCAGAUCCCCGCCAGCUGACGCAGCAGCAUCUAGCAACAGUUAGCGGGGUCCAGUUAGAAGGAACUGGGUGUGAGUCACUAUCGUUAUCAUCAUCAUCAUCAUCAUUAUUAUUAUUAGUCCUAUUUACAAUGAAGAAAUGAAAAAGGCCAACCUUGUGACGUCCACAUUGUGGUCAAUGAAGAUCUGUCGCGGCGAGGGUGACUGACAUGGACGCUAGUGACAAUAAGGAUGUGAAGCUCUCAGCCGAGGUGGAACCAUUCAUCCCACAGAAGAAAGGUCUUGAAGGAUCACUGGUCAGCAUGAGUCUUUCUGGAGAGGCGGGUGGUGGAGGAGGGAGCGGAGGUAUAGCAGGAGGUGGUGGAGGGGUGGAAACCACUCCCAUACCCAGCUACCUCAUUACCUGCUACCCUUUUGUCCAGGAGAACCAACCCAACAGGCAACAUCCUAUGUAUAAUGGAGGGGAGCUGCGCUGGCAGCAGCCCAACCCUACCCCUGGUGGUCCAUACCUGGCCUACCCCAUCUUGUCUUCCCCCCAGCCUCCUGUCUCCAAUGACUAUGCCUACUACCAGAUUAUGCCUGCUCCAUGCCCACCUGUGAUGGGCUUCUACCAGCCCUUCCCUGGCACCUAUGCGGGUCCUGUGCAAGCUGGAGUGGUCAACCCUGUCUCAGCAGAUAUUGGAGAAAGACCACUGCCUCUGGGGCCAGCGUAUGGGAUGGCCAAUCAGAGGGGGAGAGGCAUAGUCCGGCCCAAUGUUCUCCCAAAGCAACAGAUGGGUGUUUGCCAGCCUCCGAGGGGUCGCCGACCUCCAACAAGGAAUGUAGCUGUGCAGAAGGAGGUGUGCACCUUGGGGCCUGAUGGUAGGACCAAGACAGUCAUGCUGGUGGAUGCAGCACAACAGACCGAUUUCCCAGGUGAGGUGUCAGGGCGGUGUGCUGCUGAGCGGGCCAGUCCUCUGCUGUGGAAGAACCGAACAAAGAGAAGACGGGCGUCCCAUCCAGCUGAAAGCUACAACGAGCAGGGCGCCAGUGAGGCAGAUAUAGACAGUGACAGUGGCUACUGUAGCCCCAAACACAACCAGGCAGCUGGGGUUACACAACGAACAGCAGAGAAUACAGCAGCACCCACGGGAGUAGAGGCUGGUGUAAUGACAGCAAGUACCUGGGUAAAUGUCGCCUCUCAGGCUACCCCGAAGUCCUGGGGGGACAGGAACGGCCAGUUUCACAGAGCAGAUCAGAGGAAAAAUCCUGAACAGAGAAACUUCUCACAGGAUUUUAACAGUGGCUAUCCAGGGCGUUUGCCGCCCAACCAAUCAGAAAGAAGACUACAGCCAGCAGUGGUCACUGGUACUGAGCUCACCCCAGAGCCCCUCUACUUUGAGGAUGAAGAUGAGUUCCCAGAUCUUGCUACUGGAGGGGCUGUCCAACGCAGCAACAAACCAGAAUCCGCUUCAGCCCAGACACACACGCAACCUAAACUGCCCAAAAACCUGCUGGAUAACCUACCAGAAAACUCCCCUAUCAACAUUGUGCAGACACCCAUCCCCAUUACCACCUCUGUUCCCAAGAGGGCCAAGAGCCAGAGGAAGAAAGCUCUGGCUGCUGCCUUGGCCACUGCACAGGAGUACUCUGAAAUCAGCAUGGAACAGAAGAAAUUACAGGAGGCAUUCACCAAAGCAGCAGGGAAGAAGAGUAAAACCUCUGUCGAGCUGGACCUGGGAGACAUGCUUGCAGCUUUGGAGAAACAUCAGCAGGCUAUGAAGGCGAGGCAACUCACCAAUACCAAGCCACUGUCUUUUACAGUUGGAACAACUACUCCAUUCCACAGCUCAGGCUCAACCAAUGUGCCGUCCAUGCUGAAGGGUCAUCAGCAGCCGUACUCAGCCCCACAUAAUGCCCUGGAUUCCACUGCACCCCGUGUCAAGAGAGGGAAGGAGAGAGAGAUCCCAAAAGUCAAACGGCCAACAGCUCUUAAGAAGAUUAUCUUGAAGGAACGUGAAGGUAAGAAAGGGAAGGCAAGUGUGGAACAAGAGUCAUCAGGCCAGGAGGAGCAUGGAGAUGAGUGUCUACAUUUUACUGAUGAUCUUACACGAGAGCCUGCCUCCCAAGAGGAGAAUGGUCUGAGUGUUCCCAGUGAUGCAUCUCUUUCCCCGGCCAGUCAGAACUCUCCAUAUAGCAUCACUCCAGUGUCCCAAGGUUCUCCCGCCAGCUCCGGCAUCGGGAGUCCCAUGGCUUCAAACGCCAUCACCAAGAUCCACAGCCGACGUUUCAGAGAGUACUGUAACCAAGUGCUGAGUAAGGAGAUCGACGAGAGUGUGACUCUGCUAUUACAGGAAUUGGUUCGCUUCCAGGAGCGGGUCUACCAGAAGGAUCCUACCAAGGCCAAAUCCAAACGCCGCCUGGUCAUGGGUCUCAGAGAGGUCACCAAGCACAUGAAGUUGCAUAAGAUUAAGUGUGUCAUCAUCUCCCCCAACUGUGAGAAGAUCCAGGCCAAAGGUGGUUUGGAUGAAGCUUUAUACAAUGUAAUUGCCAUGGCUAGGGAGCAGGAGAUCCCGUUUGUGUUUGCCUUGGGCAGAAAAGCUCUCGGACGUUGCGUCAACAAACUAGUGCCCGUCAGUGUGGUUGGCAUUUUCAACUAUUCUGGAGCUGAGGGCCUCUUCAACCGUUUAGUGUCUCUGACAGAAGAGGCUAGGAAGGCCUACAAGGACAUGGUGUCAGCUCUGGAGCAGGAGCAGGCCGAGGAGGCUCUGAAAAAUGACAAGAAAGUCCCACACCACAUGGGGCAUUCACGUAACCACUCUGCUGCUUCUGCUAUCUCCUUUUGCUCCAUCUUCUCUGAGCCUAUCUCAGAGGUCAAUGAAAAGGAGUACGAGACCAACUGGAGGAGUAUGGUGGAGACUUCAGAUGCCCCCGAGCCUGUAGAGGCGGAGCAGAGUCGCCCUGCACCUUCGACGGCCACGCAGAGAGACAGUGAGGCACUGGCAGCCACCGCCAACGCCGCCCAGCCUGGCUCCACUGCUCACCAGCCCAGGUCAGGGCCUCUGACACAGGGUACCAGUGAGAGGGACGAGGUCCGGGUCGACGACCGGCUGGAGCUGGCCUCACAGCAGAGCACAGAGACGGGCUCAUUGGAUGGGAGCUGCAGGGGCCCGCUGAACUCCUCCAUCACCUCCACCACUUCCACCCUAGUCCCCGGGAUGUUGGAAGAGGCAGAGGAGGAGGACGAGGAAGAGGAGGACUACACUCCUGAACCUAUAUCUGUCGAAGUGCCCACCCUCACUAGCCGCAUCGAAUCCUGGGUCUCAAAGACCCUGGAAAACCUGCAGCUGGGAAAGAGCCAGGAAAGUACAGAAGAGGAGGAGGAAGAGGAAGACGAUGAAGAGGAAAGAGGGCAGAGUGAGGACGAGGAGGACCUCGAUUCAGCGGACAUCACAGAGACGAGGAUGGAGGGCAAAGAGCAAGUGGAGGCCAAGAAGGUCACCGGCUGAAAUCACUUGUCCUCCUCCUCCUCCCUCUAUUCUUACAUCUUCCAUUCGCUCUGCCCUCUGUUGCUCUCACACAUCCCUCUUCACAGCAACCAGCAGCUUUUCUCCUUUGUCUCUAACCCCUGACACUAGACAUAAUCUCAGGUAUCCAACCAACUGACCAACACUCACACACGGCCCAUUAAUCAUCACAGAGAAACUGACCAACUUACAAACACAAAGGGUUGCAGACCAAACAACUACUAACACAUUUUGAGGGAUAGCAAUUGAUACUUCUUAAAAAUACUCAUCAGCCCUCACUUGUUCAGCCCAUAACCUGCUACACUUGAAUUCAGAGGGAAGUUUUUAAUUUUCCUUCUCCGAAUCUGAACUCUUUGAGUCAUGGACUUUUCUAGGAGCAAGUGAUGAGUGCUAAAUAAUGUUGAACUGCUGUCUGUAGCUCACAGAGAAGGUUGGAACCUUUCAGCUCCCAUCUUACUUUAUUCAGAGCCCUGCAAGGUUUACAGCUCCGCAAGUAUUUGUGUGUGUGUCUCUUCGUUUACAGGCACAUACUUUAGUUUGCAUUUAUUUUGGUGUGUUCAUUAGCUUUAUUUUUGUAAAUAUUGUGUGUGUUUGUUUUUUUUUUUUUUUCACCUCACUGCUCAAUGAGGGAAGGAGAGACAUGCAUUUCUUAAUUACUGUUUGGUUGGUAUUGAGCCUUCCUCACAGAAUAUUAUAGUGUCAGGGGUUUUGUCUUUCUACCAAAACCACUCCCACCCAUCAGUUUUCAGAGAGUGUUUUUUAAUGUUUAAAUAAUGUGUCCCAUUCUGUAUUCAGAUGAUUCAAAUGAUUUAACUUCUAAGAAGCAAAACAAGCUUUGUGUAUAUAACUUUGUCUAGGUGGUUCUACUACAAUAUGUAAUGGUUUGUCAUAUUGAUUUGCUAAGUGUGAAACUAUUUAGGGUUAUUUUCCUCUGACUGGAAUUGUCUUCAGUUCCCAGAGGCUUUCUGUGCUUCAUAAAAAAAAAGUGCUCCUGU